AUGGUGCGUGUGUUGGAGGAGAAAUACGAUGGCGCGACAGUAGCGUUCACGUUCAUGGGCUCUGCGCUGGUGUUCGUGAUGGUGCCAGGACUAGGGUUUCUGUACUCCGGACUGGCGCGGCGCAAGUCUGCGCUGGCGCUGAUCUGGGUGGUGUUCUCGGCGCUGAUCGUGGGCAUUGUGCAGUGGUACAUGUGGGGCUUUUCGCUGGCGUUCUCGAAGACGGCGGUGGACAACAAGUUCAUCGGCAACCUGAACUCGUUCGGGCUGCGGGACGUGUAUGGGAAGGCGUCGCCGGACGCGGACUACCCGGAGCUCGUGUUUGCGGUGUUCCAGGGCCUGUUCAUGUGCGUCACGCUCGCGAUUAUCGCGGGCGCGACGGCGGAGCGUGGGCGGCUGCUGCCUCACAUGGUGUUUCUGUUCUUGUUUGCGACCGUGGUGUACUGCCCGGUGGCCUACUGGGUGUGGUCGCCCGGCGGCUGGGCGGCGCAGUGGGGAGUGCUGGACUGGGCGGGAGGAGGCCCGGUCGAGAUCCUGUCCGGCGUGGGCGGGUUCGUGUACUCGUACUUCCUGGGGGCCCGUCGGGAGAGCUUGCUAAUCAACUUCCGCCCGCACAACGUGUCGAUGGUGACGCUCGGCACGUCGCUGCUGUGGUUCGGCUGGCUCGGCUUCAACGGCUGCACGUCGCUGUCGCCCAACCUGCGCUCGGUGUAUGCCUUUCUCAACAGCAUGAUGAGCGCAGCGGUGGGCGGCAUGGCCUGGUGCGUGCUGGAUUUCCGGUUGGAGCGCAAGUGGUCCACGGUCGGGCUUUGCUCCGGUGUUAUCUCGGGCCUGGUCGCCGCGACGCCCUCCUCGGGCUGCAUCCCGCUGUAUGCGUCGCUCAUACAGGGUGUGGUGGCCGGCGUCGUGUGCAACUUCGCGACCAAGCUCAAAUAUUAUGCCAAAACAGACGACUCGAUGGAUAUUCUGGCGGAGCACGGCAUCGCCGGGAUCAUCGGGCUUCUGUUCAAUGCUGUGUUUGCGGCAGACUGGGUGGUGGGGCUCGAUGGGUCUACGGAGCACGACGGCGGAUGGCUCACGCAGAACUGGCCGCAGAUGUACAAGCAGAUCGCGUACAUCGUGGCAGUCAGCGGCUACUCCAUCUUGGUGACUUCUAUAAUCUGCUACGUUCUCAACUGCAUUCCCGGGAUGCAGUUGAGGGCGAGCGAGGCUGCGGAGGAGCGGGGCAUGGACGAAGACCAGAUCGGCGAAUUUGCAUACGACUAUGUGGAGGUGCGCAGGGAUUAUUUCUCCUGGGGCGUCCAGAACGAUCAAUCGGCGAAUCCGUCCGUUGCUAGCUCAGUAGCUGAGAAGAAUGCCCCUGGGGUCCCUGACGACAGUGAGGGAAAGUAA